UAGCUUUUAACGUCUCGAUUCCCCAACACUCAUUUCGUUUCCACGCACCGUCUCUCGCGGUUCAAUCUAUUAAAUGUCGAUUUACAACGUGUACCGCGUAAAUCGCGCGUAGAGAAAAAACUUAAUCAACCCUCUCGGUUAUCGAACCGACUACGCGAGUUCUUCAGUGCGUUAUCAUUCGUAUUUGAAAAAGAAGCGUUUAUUAAUGCUUCAGCAUCCGACAACGCUUCAAUAUCCUCGUAAUUCCAUAUUCUUUAAAAGAGGAUUGAUUUUUGAAAUUUUGAAAGAAAUAAAGAAAAGUGCCCUUUGGUAUCGUGACGUAGACAGAUGAAGUGUGAAAAUGCAAUUGCGUUGAAGCUAUAUCUUUACUGAUAUUUUACUUGUGACAUUCACGUGUCACGGCAAUUAAGCUUCUCGUAUUGGGCCACGGUUCCUUGGACUAUAAUUUUAAAGGAAAUUCUACGCUCGUUCUUCAACUCACAAGUGAGCGCAAAACCUAGCCCCGCCGACGAGCAGCAGCAGAUCAGCGCAGAUUCAGCAGGAAGACUUCGCCGAGAUCCAGCAAUCCGCAAGAAUAAGAUCAAUCUAAUAUCGAUCGAAGCCCAUCGUCGAGUACGAAGAUUUCUCAUCUAACUCCAUCAACAAGCCAGAUUCACCCAACUGCGCCGACAUCGUAGAAUGGUAGAGAGUGAAUCCAAUUCAAAGCACAAUCAUAAGUGUGAUGUAAAAGACGAGCGGCUAAACGGCUGUGGCUCAAAGGAUCUCGAACUUGCCCGUAUUGGAACAAAGGGCAAGACCCUAGAUCCAGAGAAAGGAUCCUUCGUUAAAGCAGAUUUCGAGAAAGCUAUUGAACUUACCGACUAUGGCAAGUUUCACUACUUCCUCCUCACAGUAUGUGGCUUCGUCAGCACCAGCGAGGAGAUGGACGUAAUUUCUAUGUCCUUCAUCCUCCCAAGUGCACAAUGUGAUUUGAAGCUCGAUACCCAAGCCAAGGGAUGGCUCAACUCGAUCAUCUUCAUCGGCAUGAUGGCAGGGGCGUACGCCUGGGGCUCUGUCGCAGAUGCCCUGGGACGUCGGAAGGUUCUAAUUGCCAUCUCCUUCACCAACGCCCUUUGCAUCGUAGCCUCCAGCUUCAGCCAGUCCUAUGAACUCUUCAUGUUCUUUCGUUUUCUUAACGGCGCUGCCCUCGGAGGCAGUGGACCGGUCAUCUGGUCUUAUUUCGCUGAAUUCCAGCCGAAGUCUAAGCGAGGCUCGAUGCUGUCCUUCAUGGCUGCCUUCUGGACGCUUGGAAAUCUGUUUGUUGCUGGUUUAGCAUGGUCGAUCAUCCCUAAUGACAUCGGUAUCACGAGUACGGCAUUCACUUAUAAUUCUUGGCGAAUCUUCCUGCUGAUCUGCGCUGCUCCGUCGUUUAUCGUCGCGGGGCUACUCCUGCUGCUCCCUGAAUCCCCUAAGUACCUCCUCUCCUGCGGAAGAUACGAGGAGGCACUCGAUAUCUUCCGUGGGAUUUAUGCCAUUAACACUGGUAAACCACGUGACAGUUACACGGUAAAAGAAUUGAUCUUGGACGACUUCCGUGAACCGGAACCGACCAAGGAUGGCAUCGAAAAGAAUAAAUGUAAAACAAUGCUUAGCGAUAUUGUAGACAAUAGUAAACAACUGUUCGUUUCACCGAUACUUCGCUUCACUAUCAUCUCCAUCAUCAUCAACUUUACUUUUCACAUCGGUUAUUACGGUCUUAUGAUGUGGUUCCCCGAACUGUUCAAUCGCUUCGACGAAUUCCAUCGUGAUCAUCCUGGUGAGGUCGCCUCCAUAUGUCAGGUGACCGACUAUGUUGUUCAAAAGGGUUCUUACAAUGUUGAGAAUCUUUGCUCGGAUAAAAUUGGUGCCUCCGUCUUCAUGGAAUCAUUAAUCACAGUGGCGUCUGCUAUUCCAGCAAAUAUCAUUGCUGUUUUGGGAAUGGACCGUCUUGGACGCAAAUUCUUCCUUGUUUUUAGUACACUGUCGUCAGGGCUGUGCUCAAUCGGGCUGUACUUCGUGUACAAUAAACAACAUAAUCUCAUCGUAUCAGCCUUUUUCAGUGGUGUAAUAAGCUGUGGUAACGCGGCCUUAGACUGUCUCAUAACAGAAGUUUUCCCAACUCAUCUGCGUGCCACAGGAAUUGCCAUCUCCAUGGUGGCAGCACGUCUUGGUGGAAUCAUUGGGAAUAUCGUAAUAGCUCAACUCUUGGACAUGUACUGCCCAGCACCAACCUUCAUCGUUGCUGCUCUUUUAAUUGGUGGAGGAUUAUUGUGCUUAUUUUUACCAAACACAACGCGUGAACCACUUUCUUGAUACCAGUGGAGAAUUACACCAGACCUGACUAACCAAUGUGCAAUCAUAAAUACAUUCAAGUUUAGGAACUUAAAAAGUCUUAAAGCAACACAUUAUAAACAUCCAUCUCCGCUCACAUUCAGUUCAUUAUAAACAUGCGUAUUGAACUCCACAUUCCUAUUUUACAUAUCAAGUUCAAAUGGCAAUAAAGUAGUAUUAGCAAUUGGAACAUGUAGUUGGUAGUAGAUUAUAUAUGUAUAUGAUACGAAUGUGAAUUCGUAUGACACUUUCUUUAUAAGAAGACAGAGAUUUCACAUACAUAAUUUCUAUGUAUUUUCAUGGAUUACGAUAUUAAGACCUGAAAAUGUGUAGAUUUUGUACACUGAUAUUAAAUGUAUUAUGUAGAUAUGGCACUUUGUAUCUGACAGUGUAUUCCAUCAUAUUUACAAUAUUUUGCCAUGUACUUUUGUACCUUUAUCGUUUGAGAAUAUUUUAAUACAGUCAUCAAUGUUAUUUGUUGUGUACCCUCGUCAUUAGCGUAACUAAUUGUAAGUAGCAAGCUGGGUUUGUGUCCCCCCCCCUUCCCCCUCCGCGCCCCCCAAAAAAUAUAGACCAAAAUUCAAAAAUUUAAGUAUUCCAGAAUCCUAAAGUUUUAAAAUUAAAAUAGAAAGAAUAAUAUUAAACCCAAUGAUAUUCUACGAUUCUAAGAUUCUUUUAUCGAUAUUAGAAGCAGGUUAAAAUUAAAUAUUAAACAUUUGAUAUUGUUAGUAAAUCUAUGGCAUCUGGCCCACCCCAGAAAAAUAUUCUUAUUACGCCAAUGAUCUUCGUAUAUUUAUAAUAUGAAGUGUAACGAUUCCAAGGUAUUUGAAAUGUAAAACCGAAAUGUAACAACGAAAAAAAAA